AUGUAUUUCAACACAGUCAAAUACUACGGUAAGAAUACAACCUUGCACGGUUUAAAAUAUGUGGCCGACGAAAACAGACAUUUCUUAAUCAGAUUUUCCUGGAUGGUGAUAUUUAUUCUCAGUUUUUAUGCAAUGAUAUUGGUGUUCAAAGCUUCGUAUAAAUCAUACACGGAUAACGCCAUCAGCUUUGUUACCGAAACCACCUACCUUAACUGGAACACUUCUUUUCCGGCGGUCACCCUUUGUGAAAUUACCAGUUCGGAAGUAGAAUGGAACGGGGAUCAAGAAGAGGUUGAAGCAAUCCAGCAGUUUAUUGCGGAUUUAAUAUUUUUUACUGGCAGCUGUUAUUCUUGUCACACGCCAUGUACCACUUGUGAGAAAUUGAAUUUCGCUGAAACUGUGCAAAAAUUCAGAAAGAAAUGUUCCCAACUUUUAUCCAGAUGUAAAUGGAAUGAAAUCUCUUUUGAUUGUUGCGAGAAAUUUUUACCUUUGGAAACUGAAUAUGGCGUGUGCUUUUCAUUUAAUUCAUUGCAUACAAAAAAACCAGCGCGCAGAGAAGAUGAUUUUUUCUUUUACUCUAACAGAAAAACCGGGCCCGGCGAACUUUUUGUAGAAACUAUUGAGGAUGUACGACUAUAUUUCCACGCCCGAGAAGACGUCCCUUUUAUAAAUUCUGAUCCCGACCAACGUAAAGACGUCAUGCUGGGAGAAACUUACAAUAUUUCAAUAAAUGUAAUAGAAAUAGAAAAUGACGAAAACGUGAGACUAUUACCGUUUGAUAAAAGAAAAUGCAGGUUUCCGGAAGAAAAGCCCGACGAUUUAAUUGUUCACGAGUUUUAUAGUUAUUCCACUUGCGUCGUGCAGUGCCAUGCUAACGCUCAUAUUGAUUUAUGCAACUGCACCCAUCACCUAAUGCCAGUUAUGAAUCGAGGAAAAUACUGCGACAUAGAAGGUCUGAACUGUUUAACUGACAACUUUGAGACAGUAAAUAGACUUCACGCUAAAGGAUUUGACAAGCCAGGAUUAGUUUGUGAUUGCUUACCCUCUUGCAUCGAGCCCGAAUAUAAAAUUGUGUCAGAUACAAAAGGAGUGAAAAGUUCACGGGGUGAAAUUUCUAUUAAGUUACAAUCACUACCAUCGUCGAGAUUCAAACGCAUCGUUGUAAGAACAACAAUGGACUUAGUCGGUGGUUACUUUGUAGUUUCUAUUGGUGGAACAGCUGGAUUAUUCAUUGGCGCUUCGAUCUUAAGCAUUGUGGAAACAUUGUAUUUACUUUGUCUACGAAGGAACAUAAAGUAA